UACUUCCUUAGAUAGCUUAGGUAGUUCAACAUGUCCCCAACAACACUCACCAACUUCUACAGAUGUGCCGUAGAAAGCAUUUUAUCGGGAUGCAUCGAAGCAUGGUUUGGGAACAGCUCCAUCCAAGACUGCAAGAAGUUGUAAAGAGUUAUGAUUACAACUUGAAAAUGUCAGCAAAAUCUGUGGUCAUAUUUUUCUGCGGGGCUGUAUUAGGAUAUAAUAUCUUCUAUGUCCUGAUUAAUGUAAUGGGUACAAAUGUAAUGGAGAACACAUAUCUGCUCGUACGUGAUUCUGACCACCACCUACACCAACAUCUUCAAGGAAUGAUGAAAUUUAACAUCACGCAACAUAAAGAUGAAAACAGAAGCCUUGCUGAUGAUCUGUAUAAGAGAGUGCGAAUCCUGUGCUGGGUGAUGACUGGGCCCCAGAAUCUGAAAAAAAAGACCGAACAUGUCAAAGCAACCUGGGCUAAAAAAUGUAACUCUGUGCUUUUCAUGAGUUCUACAAAAGACAAUGAUUUCCCUACAGUGGGACUCGAUGUUAAAGAAGGCAGACGUCAUCUUAAUAGAAAAACUAUCGAAGCAUUCCGUUAUGUUUUUGACCAUCAUUUGAAUGAAGCUGAUUGGUUCUUGAAAGCAGAUGAUGACACAUACGUUAUUGUUGACAAUCUGCGUUGGCUAUUAUCAACGCACUCUCCAGAUCAACCCAUAUUCUUUGGAAGAAAAUUUAAGCCAUUUGUUCAGCAGGGGUUCAUGAGUGGUGGAGCUGGAUAUGUACUUAGCAGAGAAGCAUUGAAAAGAUAUGUUGAUGCCUACAAGACUGGGAAAUGCAAUUAUUCUACAGGUGCAGAGGAUGUAGCCGUUUCAAAGUGUAUGCAGAGCCUUAAUGUAGAAGCUGGUGACUCCAGGGACAUAAAUAAAAGGGAAACCUUUCAUCCUCUUACGCUAAAUCAUCAUUUGAUAAAAAACAAUAUACCAUCCUGGUACAGAAAAUAUUGUUUCUAUCCCAUUACAGAGGGUCCUGGAUGUUGUUCGGAUCUGUCAGUGUCAUUCCACUAUGUCAAUUCUGCGACCAUGUAUCUUUUAGAGUACAUGACUUAUCAUCUCCGACCAUACGGCUACAAGUAUAGAUAUUAUCCAGAGUCUGCAACAAAGGACUUGAAGCAGACAUAGAUUUCUGUGAAACAUCUGUUCAAAUUCAUUUGUUGGAAAUGAAUGGUCAUCAAAAAUGUCUUGGAGAUUUGGUUUUUGCGCAAAGUACACUGGACAACACAGCAACAGAAGUAAUGAUACGGCAUGGUUGGAAAGAAUCACAUAUGGACAUCCGUGGGAUUUUAUCCUUUUAUUACUUGCUUGAAAAAUCAAUCAAUGAAAUUUGUAUCAUGAUCAACAAAAUAAGUUUAGAAUGCCUUGUGUCUCAUGGGAACUACAUUGCCUUACCUCUUGAUGUUUAAGUGAACAUAAGAAGAAAUUGAUUUAUUUUUGGAUUUGCUGCAUUCUUUCACGGGCAGCCUGACGACAUAUUAUCUGUUCUCAUUGUUGCCUGAGAAGAAAGAAAACUAUUUAGAGCUGCUGUUUACAAUCCUGUUUACAAAACAUAUUUAUUGGGUACAAAUAUAUCUUCAUAUCCGAUGCUCCAGGUGUGGAUUCCUGUAUAUAGGCCAGACCAAGAGCAGGCUCGGUGAUCAUUUUGCUGAACACCUCCACUCAGUCCGCCUAAACCUACCUGAUCUCCCAAUUACUCAGCAAUUUAACUGCCCCUCCCAUUCCCACUCUGACCUUCCUGUCCUGGGCCUCCUCCAUUGUCAGAGUGAGGCCCAGUGCAAAUUGGAGGACCAGCACCUCAUAUUUCGCUUUGGUAGCUUGCACAUAGCCUUUGCUUUACCUCUCUCUACCCCCCCCCCCCCCCCUUCCCAGUUCUCCUACCAGUCUUACUGUCUCCGACUACAUUUUAUCUCAGUAUUGCCCACUCCCCUGACAUCAGUCUGAUGAAGGAUCAUGACCCAAAACGUCACCCAUUCCAUCUCUCCAGCGGUAUCCCGUUGAGUUACACCAGCGCUUUGUGUCCACCUAUAGUUAAUGGGGUUGGCUCUAUAACUUUUUUUAUAAACGGAAAUAACUGCUAUUUUAUAACUCAUUUAAAUCUACAGAUGUUUGGAUGAUCACAUGUUGACAAUCUGACAUAUGUUAUGUUUUUAUUUCUCUGCUUUGCUCACUAUCUUUGAAUUCAUGCACAAUUUUUCUGCCCAUCUCUCCCUCAUAUAACACGCCUGGCCCUUCAGUCUCUACACCUUGAAGACCUCCAACUGAUGAUUUAUCUGCUAUAAUUUGAGUCCUGUCCAUCUGAGCCGCACUUGUCCUUAGUCUGUGUGGGAUAGUGUUAGUGAGUGGGGAUCACCAGUUGGUGCUGAAUCAGUGGGUCAAAGGGACAGUUUUUGUUCUCUGUCUCCAAAGUGAAAUAAGAAAAAUCUAUAUCCUAUUAUAUAAUUUGAGACUUUCCUAAAGGGCCUGUCCCACUUGUCGAGGUAAUUCAAGCGCUCUCCCGAGUUAAAAAAAAAAAUCAAACUUGUGGUAAGCAAGUAGAAUGUACGUAGCGGGUACGUUGGAGCUCGGGACAUCUCUUAGCGGCUCAUAACGCUAACGGCAGGUACUCGGGAAACGCGGUAAGCUCGUGAAGACUCGUGAAGAUUUUUCAACAUGUUGAAAAAUGUCCACGAGAGCCCCAAGCACCUACGAGCGGCUAUUACCGUAAUUCUCCGAGUUUGAAUCAGGGGAAACUCGGGAGAACUCUUGAAUUAGCUUGUACAGUGGGACAGCCCCAUUACUAUCCAAAACUCUGCAAGUGUUCUGUUGUCUGCAAAUUUGUUAAUCAGCAUAUUCAUCUAAAUCCAGAAAGCCCAGGGUCUGGUGUGAAUUGGUAUUUUCAGUUGAGUGCCAGCAAAUUUAUAAAUUAAUUAAUUCUAAAUCUUAUUUUUAUUGCUUAUUUCUGAAAGGAUAAAAUUAUAUACUGCUUUCAAUCUGUGAUAAAUUUCUGAUGAAAUUGGGUCAUUUUAUUUUUUUUCGUCUUUAUAUGCUGAUUCUUUAUCAUUAAUGUUUCUGUGAAUCACUUUAAAUGUUUUGAUUUUAAUAAAAUUAGGUAAUGUUUACCAAUUAUGAAUAGCUUCAACGUAACUUUAUUAAGAUGCACUUGGAAUUUUCCCACUUUCUCUGAAAGCUUGUUUUCAUUUAAAUAGCCGUUUACAUGUUUUAAUCCUGUUUUUUCUAUAUUUUUGUGUAUGGCUAUGAAAUACCCUGUGUCUUGAUCGCAGAUUUCUAUAAUUUAAUAGAAUGUGAGAUUUACCAGAAUAAAUGUUAGAAUAGAGACAUGAAAUACUCAUCCAGUGUCUUCAAGUAAUAGAAGAUAAAAGGUGUGAGGGGAAAAUAAAAUAACAUUUUAUGACACAUGUUGAAUUAACAUUUUCUGAGACCAGUUGAUGCCAGAGAUAUAUUUUUGGAUGUUUAAUAUUAUGAUGAAAGUGCAAGAAAGAAAAUCAACUUUAAAAAUCGGCGGGUAGAAGUAGAAGAGUGUCAGAGGUCAUGGGGAGAAGGAAGGAAAAUGGGAUUAGGAGGUAUAGAUCAGCCCUGAUUGAAUGGUGGAGUAGAUUUGAUGGGGCGAAUGGCCUAAUUCUACUCCUAUCCCUCAUGACCUUAUGACCUAAGAAUGUUGUAUUUUUUGCUGUACAGUGUGUUGCUGAUUGAGGAGGCGGGACAUAGAUUGAAGCAGGUGUCCGGUUGUCUGAGCAGGAGGCAGAGUAGCAAAUAAAAAGGCAAGGUACAACGGAGUGGCCUAUUGGGAGUGGCCGCAUUGAGGAAAAGUGCAACUUGAAGCUUUGGCUGGAGUGGCUUCAGCGAGAAGGGCUGAGGUGUCGUGGCAGACAUGUCAAGCACAGAAUAAAUCAGCAGUAAGUGGGAAGUGUAAAUUGUGUGAUGGGUCAUGUGAUGUGCUGCAACUGCAUGAGGUGCUGGACCUCUUGGCGGUUCCUGGUGACCACAUCUGUAGCAAGUGUUGGGUGAUUGAAGAACUUGGGCUCAAAGUGGACAACCUGGAGUCUGAGCUUCUUUUGCAACGGCACAUCAGGGAAGGGCAGAAUUACCUGGACCUGUAUUUCUGGAGACAGUCACACUUGUGAGAAUAACUACUUCCAACUUGGUCUGUGGUCAGGACGAGGGUGUGACUACAAGUGAGGCAGGCAGGAGGAUGGAAGUAAAGGCAUUGUUACAGGAACUUCAGCCAUUGAGCUUGUCAAGCAGGGCUGAGAUUCUUUAUUACUGUGGAAAUUAGUGUGGGGGCUGUAGGAAGGAUGAGCAACACAACCAUAGCACCGUGGAUCAGGGAGCCAUUCAAGAGGGGAGAGAGAAGAGAUGUGUAGUUGUCAUUGGGGAUGGUAUAUUCAGGGGAAUAGACACGAUUCUCUGUCACGAAAUUCGAGAGUCCCAAAGGUUGUGUUGCCUGCCUGGUGCCCAGGUUCAGGACAUCUCAUCUGACCCGCAGAGGAAUUUGGAGUGGGAAGGGAAUGAUCCAGUUGUUGUACCAAUGAUGUAGGUAGAACAAGAAUUAAAUGGAAAAGCAGAACCAAAAAGGUAAUAAUCUCUGGAUUACUACCUGAGCCACGAGCAAACUGGCAUAGGGUUGGGAAGAUUAAAGAGUUGAACAUGCGACUCAAAGAUUGGUUUGGGAGAAGUGGAUUUGGAUUUGUGGAACAUUGGCACCAGUAUUGGGAAAGAAGGAAGCUUUUCUGAUGGGACAUUCUCCACUUGAACCUGGCUGGAACAAGGGUCCUGGAAAACCGCAUAACCAGAGCUGUAGAUACGGCUUUAAUCUAAAUCGCGGUGGGGGUAAAGUGGAUGAAGUUAAAGGGAAGGAAAGUGCAUGCGACAUAGAAAAAUAGAAUCAUAGAAAAUAGGUGCAGGAGUAGGCCAUUCGGCCCUUCGAGCCUGCACCGCCAUUCAAUAUGAUCAUUGCUGAUCAACCAACUCAGUAUCCUGUAUCUGCCUUCUCUCCAUACCCCCUGAUCCCUUUAGCCACAAGGGCCACACCUAACUCCCUCUUAAAUAUAGCCAAUGAACUGGCCUCAACUACCUUCUGUGGCAGAGAAUUCCAGAGAUUCACCACUCUCUGUGUGAAAAAUGUUUUCCUCAUCUCGGUCCUAAAAGAUUUCCCCCUUAUCCUUAAACUGUGACACCUUGUUCUGGUCUUCCCCAACAUCGGGAACAAUCUUCUUGCAUCUAGCCUGUCCAACCCCUUAAGAAUUUUGUAAGUUUCUAUAAGAUCCCCCCUCAAUCUUCUAAAUUCUAGCGAGUACAAACCGAGUCUAUCCAGUCUUUCCUCAUAUGAAAGUCCUGACAUCCCAAGAAUCAGUCUGGUGAACCUUCUCUGUACGCCCUCUAUGGCAAGAAUGUCUUCCCUCAGAUUAGGAGACCAAAACUGUACACAAUACUCCAGGUGUGGUCUCACGAAGACCCUGUACAACUGCAGUAGAACCUCCCUGCUCCGACACUCAAAUUCUAAUGCUAUGAAUGUAUCCAGAUGUCCUGUUUCCGUGCUGUAAUUGUUAUAUGGAAUGCUAACUACCAUUCGCCUUCUUCACUGCCUGCUGCACUUGCAUGCCUACUUUUAAUGACUGGUGUACCAUGACACCCAUGUCUCGUGGCAUCUCCCCCUUUCCUAAUCGGCCACCAUUCAGAUAAUAGUCUACUUUCCUGUUUUUGCCACCAAAGUGGAUAACCUCACAUUUAUCCACAUUAUACUGCAUCUGUCAUGCAUUUGCACACUCACUCAGCCUAUCCAAGUCACCUUGCAGCCUCCUAGCAUCCUCCACACAGCUAACACUGCCCCUCAGCUUCGUGUCAUCCGCAAAUUUGGAGAUGCAUUCAAAUACCUCGUCCAAAUCAUUAAUAUAUAUUGUAAAUAGCUGGGGUCCCAGCACUGAGACUUGCGGUACCCCACUAGUCACUGCUUGCCAUUGUGAAAAGGACCCGUUUACUCCUACUCUUUGCUUCCUGUCUGCCAGCCAGUUCUCUAUCCACAUCAAUACUGAACCCCCAAUACCGUGUGCUUUAAGUUUGUAUACUAAUCUCUUGUGGGACCUUGUCGAAAGCCUUCUGAAAGUCCAGACAUAACACAUCCACUGGUUCUCCUUUUUCCACUCUACAGGUUACAUCCUCGAAAAAUUCUAUAAGAUUCGUCAGACAUGAUUUACCUUUCAUAAAUCCAUGCUGACUUUGUCCAAUGAUUUCACCACUUUCCAAAUGUGCUGCUAUCCCAUCUUUAAUAACUGAUUCUAGCAGUUUCCCCACUACCGACAUUAGACUGGUCUGUAAUUCCCCGUUUUCUCUCUCCCUCCCUUUUUAAAAAGUGGGGUUACAUUAGCUACCCUCCAAUCCUCAGGAACUACUCCAGAAUCUAAAGAGUUUUGAAAAAUUAUCACUAAUGCAUCCACUAUUUCUGGGGCUACUUCCUUAAGUACUCUGGGAUGCAGCCUAUCUAGCCCUUGGGAUUUAUUGGCCUUUAAUCCAUUCAAUUUACCUAACACCACUUCCCGGCUAACCUGGAUUUCACUCAGUUCCUCCAUCUCAUUUGACCCCCGGUCCCCUGCUGUUUCCGGCAGAUUAUUUAUGUCUUCCUUAGUGAAGACAGAACCAAAGUAGUUAUUUAAUUGUUCUGCCAUGUCCUUGUUUCCCAUGAUCAAUUCACCUGUUUCUGACUGCAAGGGACCUACAUUUGUUUUAACUAAUCUUUUUUUCUUCACAUAUCUAUAAAAACUUUUGCAGUCAGUUUUUAUAUUCCCUGCCAGUUUUCUUUCAUAAUCUAUUUUCCCUGUCCUAAUUAAGCCCUUUAUGCUCCUCUGCUGGUCUCUGAAUUUCUCCCAGUCCUCUGGUAGGCUGCUUUUUCUGGCUAAUUUGUACGCUUCAUCUUUUGUUUUGAUACUAUCCCUGAUUUCCCUUGUUAUCCACGGAUGCACUACCUUCCCUGAUUUAUUUUUUUGCCAAACUGGGAUGAACAAUUGUUGUAGUUCAUCCAUGCAGACUUUAAAUGCCUUCCAUUGCAUAUCCAUCGUCAACCCAUUAAGAAUCAAUUGGCCAAUUCACGUCUCAUACUCUCAAAGUUACCUUUCUUUAAGUUCAGGACCCUUGUUUCUGAAUUAACAAUGUCACUCUCCAUCCUAAUGAAGAACUCAACCAUAUUAUGGUCACUCUUGCCCAAGAGGCCACGCACAACAAGACUGCUAAUUAACCCUUCCUCAUUACUCAAUACCCAAUCUAGAAUAGCCUGCUUUCUCGUUGGUUCCUCUACAUGUUGGUUUAGAAAAUUAUCCCGCAUACAUUCCAAGAAAUCCUCUUCUUCAGCACCCUUGCCAAUUUGAUUCACCCAAUCUAUAUGUAGAUUGAAGUCACCCAUUAUAACUGUUUUACCUUUGUUGCAUGCAUUUCUAAUUUCCUGUUUGAUGCCAUCCCACCUCCACUACUACUGUUAGGUGGCCUGUACACAACUCCCACUAGCGUUUUCUGCCCCUUAGUGUUUUGCAGCUCUACCCAUAUCGAUUCCACAUCCUCCAAGCUAAUGUCAUUCCUUUCUAUUGCGUUAAUCUCCUCUCUAAUCAGCAACGCUACUCCAACUCCUUUCCCUCCUGAAUAUUGAAUAUCACUGGAUGUUCAACUCCCAGCCUUGGUCACCCUGGAGCCAUGUCUCCAUGAUCCCAACUAUAUCAUAGUCAUUAAUAGCUAUCUGCACAUUCAACUCAUCCACCUUAUUACGAAUGCUCCUUGCAUUGAGACACAAAGUCUUCAGGCUUGUUUUUACAACACUCUUACCCCUUAUACGAUUAUGUUGAAAAGUGGUCCUUUUUGAUUUUUACCCUGGAUUUGUCUGCCUACCACUUUUAUUUUUCACCUUGCUAGCUAUUGCUUCUACCCUCAUUUUACACCCCUCUGUCUCUAUGCUCACACAUUUAAGAAACCCUUUCCCUUUAACUCCAUCCUUAACCAUCCCAUUCGACACCCCACCUGUUCUUGAGGUUCCUGAAGUCUCCAGAUGUAAUAGGACAGAAAGUUUAAGAAGUGAUAAGCCUCUAAGGUCAGGGCAUGUCAGGACCAAUGUGAGAAGAGGGGUGGUGAAUACUGAACUAAAGGUGUUAUAUUUGAAUGCACACAGUAUAAGGAACAAAGUGGAUGAGCUUGUAGUGCAGGUAGAAAUUGGUAGGCACGAUGUUUGGGGAUCACGGACGCGUCUGAAAGAGCAUCAGAGCUGAAUAUCCAAUUGAGAAGACGGACAAGUGGGCAGAGGGGUGGGGUAGCUCUGCUGGAAAGGAGUUAAAUUCAGUCCUUAGCAAGGGAUGACAUAGGAUCUGAAUAUGUGAUUCCUUGUGGGUAGAGCUAAGACACUGCAAGGGUAAACAGUCCCGAUGGGGGUUACAUACAAGCCUCCAGAUAGUAGCCAGAGUGUAGGGAACAAAUUACAUCAAGAGAAAUAAUUGGCAUGUAAGAAAGGUAAUGUUUCAGUGGUCAUGGAGGAUUUCAAUGUCCAGGUAGCCUGGUAAAAUCAGGUUGGUAUUGGAUCCCAAGAUAAGGAAUUUAUAGAGUGCCUAUGAGACGUUAGUGCAGUAGCUCUGGCUAAGGAGAAGGCGUGUGGAGCUGAAAGAUCUGAAGGUGGAUAUGCCAGAUGGACCACACCCCAGGGUUCUGUAAAUGGAUGGCUUUAGAGAUUGUGGAUACUUUAUUGGUGACAUUUCAAGAAUCGCUAGAGGCAGGAGUAGUUCCAGAGGACUAGAGAAUUGCAAAUGUUACUCCACUGUUCAAGAAGGGAGUGAAGCAAAAGAGGGGAAACUAUAGGCUAGUUAGCGUGACCAGUGGUUGGUAGGAUUUUAGAGUUCAUUAUUAAAGAUGAGGUUUCAGAAUUAAUAGAAACACAUGGUAAAACAGCUGGAAUUCUUUGAGGAAGUCAAUAGAAGGAUAGAAAAAUUGGACACAGUGGAUGUUGUUUACCUGGAUUUUCAGGCCUUUGAUUCAGCUUCAGAAGGUGCCACACAUGAGGUUGCAAAAGAAAAUGAGAGCCCAUGCUAUUAGAGGGAAGAUACUAGCAUGAAUAGAAGGCUGGCUGAAUGACAAAGAUAAAGGGGGCUUUUUCUGGUUGGUUGAUUGACAGUGACUAUUUACGUUGUAUAUCAAUGAUUUGGAUGAAGGAAUUGAAGGCGAUGUGGCCAAGUUUGCGGAUGAUACAAAGACAGGUGGGGACAGGUCGUGUAGAGAAAGCAUAGACUCUGCAGGAGGACUUAGACAGAUUGGAAAAGUGGGCAAAGAAGUGGCAGAUGGAAUACAGUGUAGAAAAGUGUGCAGCUGCAUUUUGGUUUUAGGAGUAAAGGCAUAGACUAUUUUCCAAAUGGAGAGAUGAUUCAGAAAUCAGGGGUGCUAAGUGCUAGUGCAGAAUUCCCAGAACGUUAUGUUGCAAGUUGUAUAACUGUAUUUGAAAAUAAAUGUUUCUGACCCUAGGUACUUGUGACAAUAAAGUACAAUUGAAGCAUUGGUCGGUGAUGGAAAAAGUUAGUAGCUUCAAAUUUCUGGGCGUUAACAUCUCAAACCUGGGUGCGGCACAUAUGUAGUUAUUAAUUGCACCAUCAGCUCUACUUGAUGAGAGAUUUAACAUGAUUUGCAGGUUACCCAAUAAUAUACUUCUGCAAGUCAAGUCAAGUCAAGAGAGUUUAUUGUCAUGUGUCCCAGAUAGGACAAUUAAAUUCUUGCUUGCUGCAGCACAACAGAAUAUUGUAAGGAAAAAUACAGAGCAGUUCAGUUCAAUAUACACACAAAUAAGCAGAUAAAGUGCAAUAGGCUGUUACAGUUCAGAGUCUGUUUGUCGGCGAGUUUAAUAGCUUGAUGGCAGUGGGUAAGAAGUUGUUCCUGAAUCUGGAUGUAACAGAUUUCAGGCUCCUGUACCUUCUGCC